AUGGCAAAGUCAUCUAAUUCAUCACAGUCCCAAGCUUCUGCAGUGACAAAAAAUAUUUCUGCCAUGGAUAAAAAGAUCGUUGAGAGCAAGGAACAAUUAAACCAUGAGCCGGCUGCGGAGGAUGCAGAGCCGGAGCGUGGCAACUGGACUGGUCGCUUUGAUUUCCUCUUGUCAUUGCUGGGCUACAGCGUAGGUUUGGGAAAUGUAUGGAGAUUUCCGUAUCUGUGUUACAAUAACGGAGGAGGUGCAUUCCUGAUACCAUUUACAAUCAUGUUGAUAAUAGCGGGCUUACCUCUCAUGUUUAUGGAGUUGUCGUUUGGACAGUAUGCAGCUUUGGGACCCGUCGCCGUCUACAACAAGUUUUGUCCGCUCUUUCAAGGACUCGGUUACGGCAUGGCUGGUGAUGAUAUUUUAGAUUGCUAUUCUUACGAAGAAGCAGACGACUGUGAUGUGAGUAAUGGCACCUAUUACCUAAGACAGUGCUAUAACCAAACCUACUCUGAAGCUAACAAUAUCGUGGAAUUAGCGAAGACUGCAUUGAGGCGCCCUCCGGCUGAGGAAUACUUCACAAAUCAAGUUCUGGGAUUAUCAUCAGGAAUUGAAGAAACAGGCCACAUUCGUUUCCAAAUGGCUGUAUGUUUAUUUGCAGCCUGGUUGAUCGUAUUUCUUUGCUUGUGUAAAGGAGUUCAAUCUUCUGGCAAGGUAUGGGGCGACGCGGCAGUUCAAAUAUUUUUUGCAUUAAGUCCAGCUUGGGGUGGUCUUAUAACGUUAUCUUCUUAUAACAAGUUUUCUAAUAACUGCUACAUUGAUUCAUUGAUUGUGGCCGUAUCCAACAUAGCAACAUCAUUCUUCGCUGGUCUUGUUAUAUUUUCUGUAAUAGGAUUCCUGGCUCACGAGCUUAAUGUAAGUGUCGAUCGAGUGGUCGAUCAAGGGGCAGGACUUGCUUUCAUCGUAUAUCCUGAGGUGGUCACCAGACUACCGGUUUCGCCACUGUGGUCUAUAUUGUUCUUUGUCAUGUUACUGACUCUUGGCUUGGACUCACAGUUUGCACUCAUGGAGACCGUUACAACAGCUAUACUGGACCGAUUUCCAAAUUAUCGACAAAAGAAAGUCUGGGUUGUAUUUUUUGUUGCUGUUUUUGGCUAUCUUGGAGGACUCAUUUUCACAACUAACAGUGGAAUGUACUGGCUACAGCUAAUGGACAAGUACGCAGCGAACUGGUCUGUUUUGAUCAUAGCAAUCGGGGAGUGUAUUCUAAUAGCCUGGAUAUACGGAGCCGAGAAGUUUUGUCGUGACAUUCAGAGCAUGAUAGGCCCCCAAACCAAAUUGUGGGUUUUCUUCUGGAGUGCAAUGUGGCGAGUAAUUACACCCGCUGCUCUGGUGUUUAUACUAGUUUUCAACUGGAUCGAGUACCGGCCAGCUUCGUAUGGGAGCUACGUAUAUCCUAUGUGGGCGGACGCUAUAGGCUGGACCCUCGGCGUACUGCCUGUCGUUGUAGUCGUAUUGAUGGCCAUUGAUCAGAUCUGUAGUGGACCUGAUGAUCUCACUAUUAUGGAGACAUCUCAAGACGGCGGUGAUACUACUUCAAUUACAAGUGGAGUAGAAAAUGAAAUUAAAAAGACCGGGGCAAUAAUUAAAACUAAACGGAACUCGAUCAAACGGAAGGUCCAGAGUCUUAGUCACGAAUCUGAUGAUGCAGUUGUAGAACCUCUACUGCAAAAAGAUAAAGAGAAGACAGAUACGAUAAACCAAAGUGCCAAAUAUAAUUUGUUACCCAAAACUAAGACUGACUUUAAAAAUGAAAGGGAAAGUGAUAAGACAAAACUGUUAAAAGAGGAUAAAAAGCAAGAUUCAUUAAUGUCUGACACUCAAAACGAAGUUAACGCAAUUACGCCGACUCUUAGCUCAAAUACGAUGCCAAAAUAUACAGGCGGAGAUGAACCACUCCAUAAUCACAUGAAUACAAAUGUGUUUAACAGCCCUGAUACUUUGAAGGGUUUACUUACAUCAAAAACCCAAGUUCUUGUUGAAAUUGAUGCCAGUAAAAAAAGUGGAAUUAGUCCGAGUCCUUUGAUUUUUACAACGGCUAAAAUACACUCAAACGAUAAAACAAAACACAUGGAACCACUUCAAGUUACACCAGUACCAAUAUUAACAACAAUAGAAGUGAGUAUUAAAGGUGCAAAAAAUAGCAGUGGUGAACCAUCUGGAACUGUUACUUCGAAUGUGAGCACAGUUCCCUGUAACAUGACAAAUAGCAAUAAAAAUAUUCCAGAAAAAAAACAGAACCUUAAAACUUCUACGUUUGUGCCAGAACCAACAAGUAAAAUCAUUGACAUUAAAGAAUUAACUGAUAAAAACAAACUUACACAAAAUAAUAAAGCAAUAGCUAAUGAAUCUACAGUAAUGAAAGAUUUUAAAAUAGGAUCCAAAUUACCCUCAAAUAGUGUGAAAGAUACGCCUUUAAGAGACGUUAAUAAUAUGAAUAAUAAAGAGGAAAAUGUAAGUGCUGAAAAACUUACAAAAGUAUCUUUACGUCAAGGUUUGGGUAGUUCCACUUCAGAUGAAAUAAAAUCAACAAUACCAAGUGCCGUUUGUAAAUCAAUAAAUACACCAGUUACUGCGCAAGCUAGUUCUUCAAACUAUGAUAUUAAACAAAUUCCUAAUGAUAAAACUGCCCAGACAACGAAAAUGGAUAAAACCAAUGUUUUUAAAAUUUCACAGCCAGAGACAGAUUUUAAUAAAAAUAUAACGUCUCGUGAUAAUUGUACACCACGUCAAUCCAAUAAAUCCGAAACUACUUAUCAGGACAAACUUGCGAGUAAUGCCUCUACUAGUAGCAAACACCUACAACGUCAAAAAUAUGCAAUUGAUAAGGAGGACUCUACAUCUAAAUUACAAUGUAUUGACAAAAAUCCGUCUCCACCUACGUCUAAGAUCGUAAUAAAACCUCAUGAUAUUGGCACAUCUAUCACAAAAUCAGCAACACUUAUUCAAUCUUCUGCGAAUGAUAUAAAUAGUAAGAAUAGUAAAACGAAUUUGCCGAAAUCAACUGCCAAUGAUGUCCACAUCACUAGUCCUAUUAGUAAUAAACUGCCUUCUUCUGGGAAUGUGACAUCUGCCAACAAAACAGCUACAUCGAACUCUUUCAAACCCAUUAUGUCACCACAUAAUAUUCCAUCAUCGGAGUCAAAAACGCCAAUAGCAAAAGUUACUGAAAUCCCAACUACGUUAGUUGCACAGAAUGAGACAAUAGCAAAACCUUCAUCGAAUGAUAUGAUAACAAUUGGAAUAGGUAACAAAACUACUGAUAGUAAUUUACCUUCAAAACCUCAAACAAGUAUAAAACCUCUAAUUGCCGUUCCAUCCUCUGCGAAGAUCAUAAAAGUGCCAAUGGUCGAUAUUCCCACAACAUUGCCAAAUCAAGCUGUUACGAAUAUAAAUAUUACCAAUAUCCCAUCUGCAUCCUCAAGUACAUUAACUGAAACCAUCGUAAAUAAUCCAUCCGUCAGUCCUGCAAAGGCUCCUCCAGUAUCAACAACUAUAGCCAAAACUCUUUCUUCACCAGCCUGCACUAUUAAUUCUUUAUCCACAAUUAGUGCUAAAGCUUCUCCUGUAUAUAUUAGUGAUACAAAGAAUUCCUCAUUACCAGCAACAUCAGCUAUGGUUUCUAAAGCAAAAACGACUACUGUGACUACAACCACUAUAAACACUCCUCCUUUAUUAACAAAUACGCCAAAGAAUUCUACAGGAUUAAAAGGUACUGCAAAGGCUUUUCCAGUAUCUACCACAAUUGCAAUGGUUACUAGUGCAUCAAUUCCAACUGACAAGACUUCAAAAACACCAACAACAAGUGAUGGAAGUCAUCAAGUAACAUCAAGUUCAGUACUCACAUCUGUAACUCCAGCACCUACAGAUUCAACAUCAAAGGCACUGCCAUCGCAUAAGAGAAGUCAAGAACUUACUAACGGUAACAAAAGUUUGAAUGCUUAA